AUGACAUCCGAUAAGCUAACUGGCGCUGCGGUUGCCGAGCACAACUCCAAGGACUCAUGCUGGGUGAUUGUCCACGGCAAGGCCUACGACGUGACCGAGUUCCUCCCUGAACACCCUGGCGGCUCAAAGAUCAUCCUGAAGUAUGCUGGGAAAGAUGCGACCGAGGAGUUCGACCCCAUCCACCCGCCUGAUACCCUAGACAAGUACCUUGACCAGUCCAAGCACCUCGGCGACGUCGACAUGAACACGGUCGAGCAAGAGGAGAAGGUUGUCGACCCUGAGGAGGCUGGCCGUCUCGAGCGCGUUAAACGUAUGCCUCCUUUGGCUGCCUGCUACAACCUGAUGGAUUUCGAGGCUGUCGCCCGCCGGGUCAUGAAGAAGACCGCUUGGGCUUACUACUCCAGCGGAGCCGACGACGAGAUUACCAUGCGCGAAAACCACGCCGCUUUCCACAAAAUCUGGUUCCGCCCCCGCAUCCUCGUCGAUGUCGAGCACAUCGACUUCUCUACCACGAUGCUUGGCACUAAAUGCUCCAUCCCCUUCUACGUGACGGCAACGGCCCUCGGCAAAUUAGGCCAUCCGGAGGGUGAAGUUGUCCUCACCAAAGCCGCCAAGCAACACAACGUAAUCCAAAUGAUCCCGACUCUAGCCUCAUGCUCCUUCGACGAAAUCGUGGACGCCGCCAAGGGCGACCAAGUCCAAUGGCUCCAACUCUACGUAAACAAAGACCGCUCAAUCACUGAAAAGAUCGUCUGCCACGCCGAAAAACGCGGCUGCAAGGGCCUCUUCAUAACUGUCGACGCGCCUCAACUCGGCCGACGCGAGAAAGAUAUGCGCUCCAAGUUCUCUGACUCAGGCUCAAACGUCCAAAAUGGCGAUGAUAGUGUCGACCGCUCGCAAGGUGCCGCUCGCGCCAUCUCUUCUUUUAUCGACCCUGCUCUCUCUUGGAAAGAUAUCCCUUGGUUCCGCUCUAUUACUAAGAUGCCAAUUGUGCUUAAGGGCGUACAAUGCGUCGAAGACGUCCUUCGCGCCGUGGAAGCCGGCGUCGACGGCGUCGUGCUAUCCAACCACGGUGGUAGACAGCUUGAAACCUCCCGUUCUGGAAUCGAAGUCCUCGCCGAGGUCAUGCCCGCUCUCCGCGAACGAGGCUGGGAGAAGCGCAUUGAGGUCUUCGUGGAUGGUGGUGUUCGCCGAUCAACUGACAUUCUGAAAGCACUCUGUCUUGGUGCCAAGGGCGUUGGUAUUGGACGGCCAUUCCUUUUCGCUAUGAGCUCUUACGGUCUUGAUGGUGUCAACCGGGCUAUGCAGUUGCUCAAGGAUGAGAUGGAGAUGAACAUGCGGUUGAUUGGUGCUACACGGAUCGAGGAUUUGAACCCUAGCCUGUUGGAUACUAGGGGUCUGAUGAGUGGGCAUGCUGGCUUCAUCCCUUCUGAUACCCUAGGUCUCGGGGCUUAUGAUCCGCUUGAGGCACCGAGGUUCAAUGAGAAGCCGAAACUGUAA